CUAUGUCACUUGCUGUCGGUGCGAGAGACGUUACGCCAUGUCUACACGACCGCCGGCUUGUCGCUAAGCUGGUGUCGCCUUCACCAGGUCACGACACAAAUGCAUUCGGCCCAAGAUCCAGGAAAUCCGCUUUAGAGGUUGCCAGGCCGACCGACAGGAGAAAGAGAAAUCAGCCAAUGAAACGAGCUGUAGAUGUCUCUGAUGCCAACCCACUGAACAGUUUCAUCCGAUGGACAGAGAGCAGAGGGAUAGACCCCAACAGGUAGUCCCUGAGCCGACAGCUGGGCGGAGCCACUGGUGACCCCCCUCCCCCCGCCCCCCGUGUCUGUGUGUGUGGAUAAAGCAUGCCAGCAGCAUGGAAGUGAAGGAGCGAAGGCCUUAUUGCUCACUGACCAAGAGCCGGAGAGAUAAGGAGCGGCGGUACGGCGGCACGCCGGACGAGGCCGAGGACUGCCGCGUGGCCACCCAGCAGUCAUACAGCUCCAGCGAGACCCUGAAGGCCUUCGAGCAGGAUUCCUCAAGACUGCUUUACGGCAGCCGCAUCAAGGAGCUGGUGCACCGCCAGGCCGACGAGUACGCACGCCCAGGGCAGAACUUCAGCCUGCGACAGCUGAGCCUCUGUGAGCCGCCGCCCCCCCGCCGGGCCCCCGCCUUCUGCACGGACAUCGGCCUGCCGCACCGCGGGUAUUCUGUGGGCCCAGGCUCGGACGCCGACGUCGAGGGAGAGCGCCCCAUGUCGCCGGAGCGCGCCAUGCGGCUGUGGGGUCGGGGAGUGAAGCCAGGCCGCAGCUCCUGCCUGUCCAGCCGCUCCAACUCCGCGCUCACCCUGACCGACACGGAGCACGAGAACAAGUCCGACAGCGAGAACGGUUCUUCCAUGCCAUCCCCCCUAUCCAGCCCAUCAGCUGCCAGGCAUUCACUUUCCCAACCUCCAUCACCCAAUCUCCAUGACAACCAGAGGCCGUUGCUAAGUAAUGACAGCACCCAGCCGGUUCGAGGCUCAGAUUCGGAUGAAGAGUUCGCUGCCCGUGCGUUUAUCCCGGUAGCACAGGCGGGCCGGGGCUCUGCCGCUGAUGAGCAGCCUCCCAUCCACCAGGGCCAGCCCCCGCUGCCCCCGGUGCCGCCGCCCCACAAGCCGCCACCCUCCGUCACCGCGUUGAACCACAACUCGCUGACCCGCCGCAGGAACCACAGCCCGGCGCCGCCGGCCGCACUGCCCGCCGAGCUGCAAACCACGCCGGAGUCCGUCCCGCUGCAGGACAGCUGGGUCCUGGGCAGCAAUGCGCCGCUGGAGAGCAGAAAAUUAGCAAAGCAAGCAGUGUUCGAAAACGGGCACGAGAGCCUUAUAGAGAUGGACGUAUUCACUCCGGCGUGCCACGAUGGCGGCUGUGAGGACGGGCACUUUCUCUUCAAGACAGGUACCGGCACGACUCCUCUCUUCAGCACGGCAACCCCAGGCUACACCAUGGCGACCGGGGCCGUGUACUCCCCGCCCACCCGGCCCCUGCCCCGCAACACACUCUCCAGGAGUGCCUUCAAGUUCAAGAAGUCCUCCAAGAUGUGCUCCUGGAGGUGUACCGCCCUGAGCGCCGUGGCCGUGUCCGUGCUGCUGUCCGUCGUGCUCUGCUACUGCAUAGCCAUGCACCUCCUCGGCUUGAACUGGCAACUCCAGGAAGCAGAGAACGUCGCCUUUGAGAACGGACAGCCCAAGUCGGACACCGCACCCACGAACGCUGUCACCGUGCUCGACGGUGGCAAGCCCCAGCAGGAGAACAACACGAUCGACACGGGUGAAGUGGACGUGGGCCGCAGGGCAGUGCAGGACGUGCCCCCCGGGGUCUUCUGGCGCUCGCAGCUCUUCAUCGACCAGCCGCAGUUCCUCAAGUUCAACAUCUCCGUGCAGAGGGAUGCAUUGGUGGGCGUCUAUGGGAGGAAGGGCCUGCCGCCAUCACAUACGCAGUACGACUUCGUGGAGCUCCUGGAUGGCAGCCGGCUGAUCGCGAAGGAGAAACGGGGUCUGGCAGAGCCAGGGGGCAGGGGCCGCAGGGCACGCUCCGUCAACAUGCACGAGGCCGGAUUCAUUCAGUACCUGGACUCGGGCACCUGGCACCUGGCCUUCUACAACGAUGGCAAGAAUGUGGAGCAAGUGUCCUACAGCACCAUCGUCAUCGAGUCCGUCAUGGAGUGUCCUCACAAUUGCCAUGGAAAUGGCGACUGCCUUUCUGGGGCGUGUCACUGUUUCCCAGGAUUCCUGGGCCCCGACUGUUCCAGAGCAGCCUGUCCCGUGUUGUGCAGUGGGAACGGGCAGUACUCCAGGGGCCGUUGUCUCUGCUUCAGUGGCUGGAAGGGGACGGAGUGCGACGUGCCCAGUAACCAGUGCAUCGACGUCCACUGCGGGGGCCACGGGCUCUGCAUCAUGGGGGCUUGCGUCUGCAACACGGGCUACAAAGGGGACAACUGCGAUGAGGUGGACUGCCUGGACCCGUCCUGCUCAGCACAUGGCGUCUGCCUCCACGGCGAGUGCCACUGCAGCCCAGGCUGGGGCGGCUCUAACUGCGAGAUACUGAAGACCAUGUGUCCGGACCAGUGCUCAGGCCACGGUACCUACCAGGCUGAGAGCAGCACCUGCAUCUGCGACGCCAACUGGACCGGGUCCGACUGCUCCGUCGAGGUGUGCGAGGUGGACUGCGGCUCCCACGGCGUCUGCAUCGGCGGCAGUUGUCGCUGCGAGGAGGGCUGGGGCGGCCCAGUGUGCGACCAGCGGACAUGCCACCCGCGCUGCACCGAGCACGGCACCUGCAGGGAUGGCAAGUGCGAGUGCAACCAGGGCUGGACGGGAGAGCACUGCACCAUGGAUCAAAACCUGGAGAGGAUAGUACCAGAGAGGAUAGGAUAUAAAGAGGGCUGCCCCGGUUUGUGCAACAACAAUGGGAGGUGCACCUUGGACCAGAAUGGCUGGCACUGCCUCUGCCAGUCUGGGUGGCGGGGGGCAGGGUGCGAUGUCGCCAUGGAGACCCUCUGUACGGACGGCAAGGACAAUGAGGGAGACGGCCUGGUAGACUGCAUGGAUCCCGACUGUUGCCUGCAGAGCUCGUGUCGCAGCCAGACCUACUGCCAGGGGUCUCCUGAACCCGCCGAGCUGCUCGCCCAGGCCCAGCCCUCGCUGACUCCGCAGGCCGCCCGCUCCUUCUAUCAGCGUGUCAGCUUCCUACUGGGGCCUGACGGCAGUCAUGUGAUCCCCGGGGAGAACCCCUUCAACCAGAGCCUGGUGUCCAUCAUCCGAGGUCAGGUGCUGACAGCAGAUGGGACUCCACUCAUCGGAGUGAAUGUCUCCUUCCUGCAUUAUCCGGAGCACGGAUACAGUAUCACGCGACAGGACGGCAUGUUCGACCUGCUGGCCAAUGGCGGCGCCUCGCUGACGCUGAGUUUCGAGCGCGCCCCCUUCCUGCCACAGAGGCGCACCGUGUGGAUCCCUUGGGGCGUCUUCCAUGUCAUGGACACCCUGGUGAUGAAGCGUGAGGAGAACGACAUCCCCAGCUGCGACCUGAGUGGCUUCGUCACGUCCAGCCCCCUCGUCGUGGCCUCGCCCCUCUCCACCUUCCACAGGUCCUCUCCCGAGGAAAACCCCUUCAUCCCGGAGACGCAGGUCCUGCAGGAGGAGACAGCCAUCCCGGGCAGCGACCUCCACCUCUUCUACCUGAGCUCACGGGCGGCGGGCUACAAGGCCGUCCUGAAGGUGACCAUGACCCAGGCCACCAUCCCCUUCAACUUGAUGAAGGUGCAUCUGCUGGUGGCUGUGGUGGGCAGGCUUUUCCAGAAGUGGUUUCCCGCCUCCCCCAAUCUGUCCUACACGUACAUCUGGGACAAGACUGAUGCUUACAACCAGAAGGUCUACGGCCUGUCGGAGGCCGUGGUGUCGGUCGGCUUCGAGUACGAGUCCUGCCUGGAUCUGAUCCUCUGGGAGAAGCGGACAGCCGUCCUGCAGGGCUACGAACUGGACGCCUCCAGCAUGGGCGGGUGGACCCUGGACAAGCACCACAUGCUGGACGUGCAGAACGGCAUCCUCUACAAGGGCGACGGCGAGAACCAGUUCAUUUCCCAGCAGCCCGCCGUGAUCAGCACCAUCAUGGGCAACGGCCGCCGCCGCAGCAUCUCAUGCCCCAGCUGCAACGGCCAAGCAGACGGCAACAAGCUGCUGGCACCCGUGGCCCUGGCCUCCGGCGGCGACGGCAGCCUCUUCGUGGGUGACUUCAACUACAUCCGCCGCAUCUUCCCCUCCGGGAACGUCACCAGCGUCAUGGAACUGAGAAAUAAAGAUUUCAGGCACAGCAACAACCCUGCCCACAGGUACUACCUGGCCACAGACCCCGUGACGGGCCAGCUGUACGUCUCUGACACCAACUCGCGGCGGAUAUACCGGCCCAAGCUACUGAUGGGCGUGAAGGACCUUCUGCAGAACAGCGAGGUGGUGGCGGGCACGGGCGAGCACUGCCUACCCUUCGACGAGGCGCGCUGCGGCGACGGCGGCAAGGCCACCGAAGCCCUGCUCAUGGGGCCCAAAGGUAUCGCCGUGGACAAAAAUGGAAUUAUAUACUUUGUCGACGGGACGAUGAUCAGAAGGGUGGACCAAAAUGGCAUCAUCUCCACACUGCUGGGAUCCAAUGACCUCACCUCUGCCCGACCUUUGACCUGUGACACCAGCAUGCACAUCCGUCAGGUGCGUUUGGAGUGGCCCACGGACCUGGCCAUCAACCCCAUGGAUAACUCCAUCUAUGUGCUGGACAACAACGUGGUGCUGCAGAUCACGGAGAACCGGCAGGUGCACAUCGUGGCCGGCCGGCCCAUGCACUGCCAGGUGCCCGGUGUGGAGUACUCCAUGGGCAAGCGGGCCGUGCAGACCACGCUGGAGUCCGCCUGCGCCAUCGCCAUCUCGUACAGUGGUGUGCUCUACAUCGCUGAGACGGACGAGAAGAAGAUCAACCGCAUCCGCCAGGUGUCUACUGAUGGCGAGAUCUCGCACCUGGCGGGCGCCCCAUCCGAGUGCGACUGCAAGAACGACGCCAACUGUGACUGCUACCAGAGCGGAGACGGCUUCGCCAAGGACGCCAAGCUCAACUCGCCGUCCUCGCUGGUGGUGUCCCCGGAUGGCACGCUCUAUGUGGCCGACCUGGGCAACAUCCGCAUCCGCGCCAUCUACAGGAACCGGCCGCAGCUCAACUCCAUGAACUUCUACGAGGUGGCCUCUCCCGCCUCCCAGGAGCUCUACAUCUUCGAUGUCAACGGCACCCAUCAGUACACCACCAGCCUGGUCACCGGCGACUAUAAAUACAACUUCAGCUACAGCAACGAGAACGACAUCACGGCGGUGACGGACAGCAGCGGCAACACUCUGCGCAUCCGCCGGGACCCCAACCGCAUGCCCGUGCGCAUCGUCUCCCCGGACAACCAGGUGAUAUGGCUCACCAUCGGGACAAACGGCGGGCUAAAGACCCUCACCGCCCAGGGACAAGAGCUGGUGCUGUUCACCUACCACGGCAACAGCGGCCUACUGGCCACCAAGAGCAUUGAGAUCGGCUGGACCACCUUCUACGACUAUGAUGGCGAAGGCCGACUAACCAACGUCACCUUCCCCACCGGCGUGGUCACCAGCCUCCACAGUGAGAUGAAGAAGGCAGUCACGGUGGACAUCGAAACAUCCGGCAGGGACGACGACGUCAGCAUCACAACUAAUCUUUCCUCCAUCGAGUCCUUCUAUACUCUGGUUCAAGACCAGCUUAGGAACAGCUACCAGGUAGGUUAUGACAACUCGCUGAGGGUGAUCUACGCCAACGGGAUGGACACGCACUACCAGACGGAGCCGCACAUCCUGGCCGGCACGGCCAAUCCCACGGUGGCCCGCCGCAACAUGUCGCUGCCCGGGGAAAGCGGGCAGAACCUGGUGGAGUGGCGGUUCCGAAAGGAGCAGACUCGGGGCCGGGUGACAGUCUUCGGCCGUAAGCUGAGGGUGAACGGCAGGAACCUCCUGUCUGUCGACUACGACCGGGCGAUGCGGACAGAGAAGAUAUACGACGAUCACCGCAAGUUUCUUCUGAAGAUUGUCUAUGACUCCUCUGGCCACCCGACUCUCUGGGUGCCCAGUAGCAAGCUGAUGUCGGUGAACCUCAACUAUUCGUCCAUGGGCCAGGUCACCAGCGUCCAACGGGGUCCCACCACCGAGAGGGUGGAGUACGACGGCCAGGGCCGCAUUGUGUCCCGCACCUUCGCUGACGGCAAGACCUGGAGCUACACCUACCUGGAGAAGUCCAUGGUCCUGCUGCUUCACAGUCAGCGUCAGUACAUAUUUGACUACGACCUGCAGGACCACCUGUCAGCCAUCACCAUGCCCAGCGUAGCCCGGCACACCAUGCAGACCAUCCGCUCCAUCGGUUAUUACCGGAACAUCUACAGUCCCCCGGAGAGCAAUGCAUCCGUGGUGGUGGACUACAGUGAGGAUGGCCAGCUGCUACAGGUGGCCCACCUGGGCACGGGCCGUAGGGUCCUAUACAAGUACCGGAGACAGAACAAGCUUUCGGAGAUUCUGUACGACAGCACCCGCGUUAGCUUUACUUACGACGAGACAGCAGGUGUCCUGAAGACAGUGAACCUGCAGAGCGAGGGAUUCAUCUGUACCAUCCGCUACCGGCAGAUCGGGCCCCUGGUCGACCGGCAGAUCUUCCGCUUCAGCGAGGACGGCAUGGUGAAUGCCCGCUUCGACUACACGUACGACAACAGCUUCCGCGUCACCAGCAUGCAAGGCGUCAUCAAUGAAACGCCGCUGCCUAUCGACCUCUACCAGUUCGAUGACAUUUCCGGAAAGGUCGAACAGUUUGGCAAGUUUGGUGUCAUCUACUACGAUAUCAACCAGAUCAUCUCCACUGCAGUCAUGACCUACACCAAGCACUUUGAUGCCCAUGGCCGGAUCAAGGAGAUUCAGUAUGAAAUAUUCCGUUCUCUGAUGUACUGGAUAACCAUACAGUAUGACAAUAUGGGCCGAGUAACCAAGAGAGAGGUUAAAAUUGGGCCCUUUGCCAACACGACCAAGUAUGGCUAUGAGUAUGACGUGGAUGGACAGCUCCAGACCGUGUACCUCAACGAGAAGAUAGUGUGGAGGUACAACUAUGACCUCAACGGAAACCUUCACUUGCUAAACCCGAGUAACUACGCUCGUCUGCUCCCACUCCGCUAUGACCUUCGCGAUCGGAUCACGCGGCUUGGGGACAUUCAGUACCGCAUGGAUGAGGACGGUUUCCUGCGGCAGCGAGGCACUGAGAUCUUCGAGUACAACUCCAAGGGUCUUCUGGUCCGGGUCUACAGCAAGGGCAACGGCUGGACCAUCCAGUACCGCUAUGACGGGCUAGGCAGGCGUGUGGCCACCCGGACCAGUCUAGGCCAGCAUCUACAGUUCUUCUACGCUGACCUAAACUACCCGACCAGGAUCACCCACGUGUAUAACCACUCCAGCUCGGAGAUCACCUCGCUGUACUACGACUUACAGGGCCACCUCUUUGCCAUGGAGAUCAGCAGCGGCGAGGAGUUCUACAUUGCCUGUGACAACACCGGCACCCCACUGGCCGUCUUCAGUAGCAAUGGACUCCUCUUGAAGCAGGUCCAGUAUACGGCAUACGGCGAGGUCUACUUCGACUCAAACCCAGACUUCCAGCUAGUGGUGGGCUUCCAUGGGGGCCUGUUCGACCCCUUGACCAAGCUGCUCCACUUUGGAGAGCGGGACUAUGACAUCUUAACGGGUCGGUGGACUACCCCUGACAUCUCGACAUGGAAACGAGUAGGCAGGGACCCCACACCCUUUAAUCUCUACAUGUUCCGGAACAAUGACCCAGUGAGCAAGGUGCAUGAAGUAAAGGAGUACGUCACAGAUAUCAACACCUGGCUGGUGACUUUUGGAUUCCACCUGCACAACGUGAUUCCCGGCUACCCCAUUCCCAAAUUUGACCUCAUGCAGCCCUCCUUGGAACUGAAGAAGAGUCAGCUUUGGGAUGACCUGCCUACCAUCUCAGGGGUCCAGCAGGAAGUGAUCCGGCAGGCCAAGGCCUUCCUGUCCUUUGAGAGGCUUCCGGAGAUCCAGAUGAGCCGUCGACGGUCCAGCCGAGAAAAGUCCUGGUUGUGGUUCGCCACGGUCAAGUCCCUAAUCGGCAAAGGCGUGAUGCUGGCAAUCAGUCAGGGCCUGGUGACCACCAACGCGCUCAACAUCGCCAACGAGGACUGCAUCAAAGUGGCAGCAGUGCUUAACAACGCCUUCUACCUGGAGAACCUGCACUACACAGUAGAGGGCCGGGAUACCCACUACUUCAUCAAGACCACCUUGCCAGAGAGCGACCUUGGGGCGCUGCGGCUGACCAGCGGGCGCAAGGCGCUGGAGAAUGGCGUCAAUGUCACUGUGUCACAGUCCACCACCGUGGUCAAUGGCAGGACUCGCAGGUUCGUGGACGUGGAGCUGCAAUACGGCGCCCUGGCGCUGCACGUCCGCUAUGGCGUCACGCUGGACGAGGAGAAGGCCCGCGUGCUGGAGCAGGCCCGGCAGAGGGCACUGGCAGCCGCGUGGGCGCGGGAGCAGCGGCGCGUGCGGGACGGCGAGGAGGGGGCGCGGUUGUGGACCGAGGGGGAGAAGAGGCAGCUGCUGAGCAGCGGGAAGGUGCUGGGCUAUGACGGCUACUACAUACUGUCCGUGGAGCAGUACCCCGAACUGGCCGACAGCGCCAACAACAUCCAGUUCCUUAGGCAAAGUGAGAUCGGGAGGAGGUAACAGACUGUUACCAGUUGCCAAAGAGACCGCUCACGGCUCGGAGAGUCCUCCGUGUGCCUUGGGCCGUAGCCGCGACGCACUGGACGCAGAGAACAACCGGCCGCUCUGGACUCAAGGCGGCCCACGAUACACACAUUUCUGUCCGGAGUGCAGCCUCUAUCGAACUGCGCAGACUCUCUGCCGGAUAAGAAGCAAACAGUUUGUACAAGUGAGGCGUCUUUGAGAAUAACCCUGGUGAUCCGCUUAAAAAGAGAAGUAAAGAAUAAAAUAGAAAAGGUUUACAUACACAUAUCACGGCACUCAUGCGGACUGAUGCGUAUAAAGCUUAUUGAUUUUUGCUACGAGAUGGUGUCUAUAAUCAGCUGUUUGUGCUCAUUCCCAAUGGUUGACCUUUGCUUAUAUAAAAAAAAAAAAAAAACGAUUAUAAAGCCAGUAGUCUCGCUCUCCAAACCCAGGUAAAUGCUGGGAACCACUGCGGUCCCUUCAUCCCACUGGCUGUUGUCUAAGGAUGCUGUCAGCGGUGGCCAGGGCCUGUGGCCCAGCGCGUCGGUGUGCUUGUAGCGGUAUCAUGGGGCAGGAACAGAGCUGGCCAGGCGGAGGAGUAAAGGACAGGCCGUCGUAUCCGGCAGAGUCUCAGAAAAGCCCUUUCAUCCCAGAAAGGAUCCGUAGCGGGUUUUUGUAUGAAUUCCCACCUACUCCUACAUUCGAUAUUAGUCUCCGAGAAGGUAAUUACUGUAAAGUGUUUAUACGGUAAAAACAGAUUUUCCUGUCACACAUUGCUGUUUUUACUCUUCAUAAAUUUUAAAUAUUUUAGUCUAUUAAAAUUUACGGUAAUGUUAACGAAAAUGAAAAUAAACAAUCGAUGGUACUUUCUACAGGGGUACUGCUAUUCAGCAUUUUUAUUAAUUAUCAGUCGUCGCGGCUAAUUCUGGUGUACAGAUCGCUGAUGUUGGAUGUGGAGCUGAAUGGUUGCAACUAAAAUUUACAGAAAUAUGUUUCUAUAAGUAUAAUUCUAUCAUUUCUUUAUCCGGCUUUUAAAUAACUGUCAGGGGGAAUAAAAUAUCCGAAGGAGCUUAUCAAAUGUUUUUGCCGUUUGGUAGCACCAAGCCACUGCCUCUGAUUAAAUUGUAGGGAGUAAAUGGUCUUCCCUCAGAGAAACUGCUGUCUGGACAAAGAGAAUUGAAACAUUUCAAAGCAUUUUGCGUUUGUGUGUGCAGGACUCACGCGUGCCGGUUCCACUGUUUGUUUAGACGAAAGUGUUCCUGGUCAUUUCAGAAGUGAUUGGCUUCCCCUACGUUUUGUCAAAUUAGAGAGACUUGCCAGUUCCACAGCUGCCCAGAAUCAACAAGGAUCUCUGAGAGCUUCGCAGAGCAACCAAAUGCGUCUAAUAUCUUACCAUUUUUUUAAUGCUAACCAUUAGCAUUAGCGUUUUUUAAAUGCUAACUAUUAGCAUUAGCAUUUUUUUUUACUGCUAACCAUUAGCAUUAGCGUUUUUUAAAUGCUAACUAUUAGCAUUAGCAUUUUUUUUACUGCUAACCAUUAACAUUGCCAUUUCAGUAUCCAGGACACAUGGUCAGCUACAUAUGUAUUUCAUGUGAGCUCCAGCUUUCACAUAUACUCUCAUGUUGUGGUGUGUUCAGAAAAGCGAGCACCUGUUCGUGUGAUGAAGUGGUGGGCGGGCCUCUGGGGGGUGGGGGCUGAGAAUUGGCCCGUCAAUACUCUGACACCAGCAGACAGUAACACCAUGGGUGGGGCAGAGCUUAUUCGAGGUUACACCAGUGUGCCAAGGGUGUGCAGGAGAUGCGAGCUUAGCUUUAUGCAGAAAAGGCAACACAUAUUACUAACUGCUAUGUUUUUCUUAUCAGUGUGAAUUUACCCACAGGGAAAUACUUGUAAAUACUCUUUAUAAAAUAUUGUGCAACUGUGUGUACAGACUGAGAAUUAUGAUUUUUUUUUUUUGUUUGUUUUUUGCUUAUUUUCAGCUGUUGAAUUGUAUUGCUUAGAAUAUUUUUAUAUACCUAUCGGACCAUCGGAUUGAGUGUGACAGCAGCACUCCCAGAUUGUACAGUAUUUAGCUAUUUUUAUGGCGCCCAAUGGGUGGAGGUGUUACUGGUCUACCACUGACAGAGCCGACCAGUAGCUGUUAGCCACACUGGCCUGCUUCUCUGAGCAGCUUCCAGCGACUGCUACAGGAAGUAGGCUAAACGUUGGGACCAGGAAGUGCCACUGAUCCCCACCUCAGUGCCCCGUAUCUGUGCCGUCCAGGCGAUGCAACCUGCGAGUUUCGGGAGGAAAGGCUCUCUGUGUAUGGACCGUCACGGGGGGGGGGAAAGGAGAUCAUUCAGUGUGUACUGACAGGAGGCCAUUUUGCAGAAAACAGAGGUUUUCUUUGCUUGUUUUAUUUUGGAAUUGACUUAUAAGAAUGUGCACAAAAAAAAAACAAAAAAAACCAACUUGCAACACUGCACGAAAGUGCUUUGUUUCCCUCUGGUUGCCAUGGGAAUGAAAAAGGUGCCAUUGGUCAUGGGGGGAAGGAGGGAGGGAAGGAGGGAGGGAGGGAUAGCAGGAGUGUGAAAGCUGAAGGUGAAGGAGAGACACUUUUGUUGUUUGCAUGCCUAAACUGUGUAAUGGCCAUCUACACUCAUUCUCGAGAUGUGACAAUGUGCAUUUUGCUCUGUUCCCUCUCUGUGCAAAUCCCCUUCAGGAACAGUCCUCUGUGUUGUGUGUGACAGAGCACCAUGAGUGCUGUAGUGUAUGAAGCCAGUAAGUCGCUAUGCUCACUGCCACACCGCCGAGCGCUGGCAGAUCCCGCCCAGCGGGAACGCAUCUGCGACCCACCGUGCCCCCUCCUAGCCACAUGUCACAUUCAGCAUCCGUGACUGGGGGGGGAGCACAGGGAAAUAGACCUGUCUGACGGGGUCCCGCUCGGGGCACCCCGGGCCGACGGGGCUGUGGGAGGAGUUAAAGGCGUUACGCAAUCGUUCCGUUUCUUAGUGAAGCCUGCAUCCCGUAGCCUGUAACAGAGGCAGGCAGGCACUAAUAGGGGGCAGAAUUCAUCACAUGUCCUGAGCUGGGCGCCCGUUUUCAGCAGUGGGCCUACAGGACACACGUCACUCAGCUGACGCAGGUUUACCACCCGCAACCUUCAUCGUCACCAUCGUCAUCAGUUGCAAAGGUGUUGAGAUCUUGACAGGUUGGAGGGCCCCGCGUGAAUGGGGCUCCUACACCUAUGGCGGUGAGCAGAAUUUUAACGAUGAACCGUUUGUCUUGUUCAUAGCUAUCCUGUGUGGAUUAUGUCGCUUAUAGACUUCUUUGGUAUUUUCUUUUCUAUUUGGUUAUGAAGGGAACUUGGUAAUGAUGUUAUAUUUUUUUUUGCUUCCUGAAAAUCAGAGAAAAAAAUGCUGUUUUGCUUCGUAGGUCUCCAUCUUUCUGAGAGUCUCGGCUCACGUGGGAAACGACUCAACUGUAAGCCAAUAACGUGUCAGUCCUGUUUGUAACAAAGUUACAGAUUCAUCUUAAUUUAUUCGGAGAUUUAUUUGUUCCCAACCAGCAUCUCCCCGUUUAUUAUGUUGUUUUCUAUACCCAUUGCUGUUUAGAGUGCAAUUAAGUGCAAUUUAAUGUAAUCUCAAAACAGUCAUUUCUGAGACUCUUCGAUGUGUUAUUGGUCCAGCGAGAUCAAUCAUACAAAUAAAAUGUAAUACUGUAAAGCUUUCUGAA